AUAGUGCGCAGCUCGUUAUCGCUAGUGCUAGGAACAUCUUAUAAACUAGUUAAAGCGUUAAUCGUACAUUGUAAAAUUUUUCUGACAUUUUUAAAUGAAUUUUAAUCUAUUUCUUCAUUAAAUAUAACCUUUUUUCAAAUAUUAAGAAGAUUCCUAUAAGUUUAUACAUCUGUGUUUCGUUAAAAUAUUAAUGAAAAACCUCUUUUACACAACUUCUCUGCUUUGUAUUUGUAUAAAGCCUUUUGGGUCUGCAAGACUUCAAAAAUAACUUUAUUUCAAAAUAAAUUUACGCAAAUUUUAGUUUUCAUAAACCAAAAACUCUAAAACCACAACAACCAUCAGUAACAAGUGGCAUUAGCAAAAUUAGAUAUUUUUUCAAACACGUAAAAAGUUUGACUCCAAAUACCCUUCUUUGAAGAAACCUAUUUUUUCUGCUGAAACAUGCAAAUAGGAAAUGGAAUUGGUUUAAUAAUAUGCUUAUAUUUAUUAACAUCAUUUAACACGAGUGAAGCAAAUCCAGUGGCAAAAACUUUCAAGAAACAAAGAAAGAUUAUUUUGGACACAGAUGCAGGAGCAGAUGAUGCUGUGGCUAUUUUAUUAUAUUUAAAAUAUGAAGCACUUAACAAAGAAGAUUUUAAAUUAAUUGCCAUUACUUGUACCCAUGGCAACACUGAGGAAAGAAAUGUUGAAGAAAACGUUCUUAAAAUUUUAACAGUUGCUCAAAGAAAUGAUAUUCCAGUAUACGCUGGUGCUGAAAAAGCUUUGAUAGAGCAUAAAAAUAGCACUAAUUAUUAUGGACAUGAUGGGCUUGGUGACUUUUCGUUUCAAGAAGAAAUAAUUGCAAAAAUUGAUGGAUCAAAAUUGGCAGCCGUAGCAUUAUUGGAUUUAGUAAAAGCUCAUCCUGAAGAAGUGACUAUAAUUUGCAUUGGACCUCUUACAAAUAUUGCCUUGGCUACAAGACUCGACUCCAAGUUUAUUCGAAACGUGGGAGAAUUAUUUAUAAUGAGCUCAACUGUAAAUGGCUUUGGAAAUGAAGGACCAAAUGUUGAAUUCAAUAUUGGUCUUGAUCCUGAAAGUGCUUUCAUAGUUAUGAAUUCAACAAAAAAACCAUUCACUUUAGUACCAUGGGACAUUGCUCUAAAUUUUCCAAUUUCAAAGGAAUGGAGGAAGAAUGUUUUUGGAAAACUUAAUUCCUCAGCUGUUCGGUUCUUGAAUAAAGCUGGGCGAGUUGGUAACCAAGGUAAAGAUCGGAGUUGGGCAACAAUCGAUGCAAUGACCCUUUCCAUAAUUAUUUGGCCGGAUUUCGUUAAAAAAUUACUACUUACAAACGUUACUCCUGUUUAUGAUGGAGCAGCAAGAGGUAGUGUUCUCGUUGAUUACAAAAAUUUUACUGGAAAACAACCAAAUGCCAAAAUUGUUCAGGAAUAUGACGUUGAACUCUUUAAAGAGAAGUUGCUACAAUAUUUUGCAUUCUGAAGAAUAAUUUGGAAGUUGGAACUAAGUUAGUCUAAAGAGACACUUUUUCAACGUCUAUUUUAUUUUAAGAAUUUUGUCAUUAAACAUUUUAUUAAAUAUCUAGUCUCAUUUUUUUCAAUGUAAAUUUUUAUUUUCAAUGUAA